ACCCACCCACCCCCAUCUCUCACACUUACACUCUCUCCAUGCGUUCUUGUUCAUGCUUCAAGGUCCUACUCAAGAACAGGUCAGUCUCAUCUGGUAAUUGAGGGCUUCUAAUCUUGGAACUGUUCAAUCUCUUCGCAGCUGAGUCUGAUUAUGUCUGGAGGAAUCCUCCCUAAUUUGCCUAAGUUGGUGAAUCUGACUGAAGUCCUGUGGAAUGAACAGCUUGUUUCAUGCAUGUUCAACUGCAAUAUUAACAAGGACUAGCCAUCUUGUUGUGAAGAGUUCAAUCUGUGGAUUUCCAUCUCUUUCAUGGAAGACAAGCGUUGGUCAUGCUAGAAUUAGAAAAGUUGAUUCCAACUUGUAUUUGAAUAGAGUUUCUGUUUGUUGCUAUUCGUCCAAAAAACAUAGUGGAGAUAGUUCUCCAUCGCAGAAUUCUGAUUCCACUCCAGAAAUGAAAGAAGAGAGAGAUGGUUUCUUUGUUGUUAGGAAAGGAGAUCUGGUUGGAGUCUACAAAAACUUGAGUGAUUGCCAGACCCAAGUUGGAUCAUCGAUAUGUGAUCCUCCUGUUAGUGUGUACAAAGGCUAUGCCAUGCCUAAGGACACAGAAGAAUAUCUUCUUUCUUGUGGGCUUAAAAAUGCUCUCUAUUCUAUCAGAGCUGCAGAUCUUACCGAAGAUCUCUUUGGGACUCUAGUACCAUGCCCUUUUCAGCAACCUUCUUCUUCAAAAAGUGGAACAUCUGAUCAUUUGCCAAAGAAAAGGCCACAGGAAGCAGUGUGGUCAGAAUAUGCGGAUGCUGUUGGAUCAGCGGUUGUUUCAAAUGAUUCCGCAAGAAAGCAUGUCAAGUUAGAACAACAAAAGGGCGACCAAGUUCUAGCUCUACCAUCUGGUCAGCGGUCAUGUACUCUUGAAUUCGAUGGUGCUUCAAAGGGAAAUCCUGGACAAGCUGGAGCGGGAGUUGUUAUACGGGCGGAUGAUGGAAGCAUGACCCUCAGGCUACGUGAAGGUUUAGGAGUGGCAACAAGCAAUCAUGCUGAAUACAGGGCCUUUAUUUUGGGUUUGAAACAUGCUCUUAGAGAAGGGUUUACAAGUAUUCGUGUUCAAGGUGACUCCAAGCUUGUUUGUAUGCAGAUCCAAGGUCUGUGGAAGGUUAAAAAUCAAAACAUUGCCCUGGUGUUUGAGCAGGCAAAACAAUUGAAGGAAAGGUUCCUUUCUUUCCGCAUCAUUCAUGUCCUUCGGGAAUCAAACUCUGAUGCAGAUCAGCAAGCAAACUUGGCUGUUGAACUUCCUGAGGGUCAAAUUCAAGAGGAGUUAGAGAAAAAAAGUCUCGAGAAAACUGAAAUUCUUAUGCUUCAUUCAUCUGCGAUGAAGAUUUUGAUGAUUAGGAGGGGUUUACGGUUACUGGCCACCGGAAAUUUGAACUCCUCGCCGUUGAUUUACCGGCGGCAUUCUUCUCACUCGACGUCCUCUUUCUCUAGUUCGUCUCGGUUGAAUGCUAACUUCGCCGCAGAUGAUUUGCUGCUCGGCGAUCAAUUAGCUACCUUGGCUUCCAAAGCGGAGAUUGCUCCGAAUCUACUUCAGCCUGGUGUCGUUGUCUAUGACGGCGUUUGUCAUCUUUGUCACAACGGUGUGAAAUGGGUGAUUAAAGCUGACAGGGAUAAGAAAAUCAAGUUCUGUUGCUUGCAGUCAAAGGCUGCUGAACCUUACAUGAGUGUGUGUGAUCUUGAUCGAGAUGACGUUCGUCGUCGCUUCUUAUUCAUUGAAGGCCCAGGUUUAUACCAUCAAGGCUCCACUGCUGCACUGAGGGUUCUAGCUCACUUGCCAUUACCUUACGCUGCGCUGAGUUGCCUCAUGAUUGUACCUACUCCUUUAAGGGAUGCUGUUUACGAUCAUGUUGCCAAGGAGAGGUAUAAAUGGUUUGGGAAGAGUGAUGACUGUUUGGUCCUCCGGGAACAAGACUUGCUUGACCGCUUCAUUGAUAGAGAAGAGCUGCUUGAACGUAGCCGAUCAGUCUUGUGAAAUGCUGCUUCAAUGAGUAUGAGA